AUGUCCGACGAGGAAAUCCUGCUGGGUGAGAUCCCGCCGAUCUCAGAUACUCCUUGUGCAGCCGAAAUCAUUGAACGUCAGAUUCGCAUAGAGCCCAGCACUGCGAACCUUUUCUCAAUCUACCGAUGUGCAAACGCACCAUGGCUCUGCGCAUUGCUGAUAUCAGUAGUCUGUGCAGUAGUUGGCGGGGCUGCAAUGCCCUUGGUGACGAUUGUUUUCGGGGCUUUGGCAAGUGAAUUCAUCAAUGGGGAUGAGAAAGCACCGCAUGAUGUUCGAGACCGGGUUCAGCAUCUCACCCUCUUACUAGUUUAUGUCGCCAUCGGGUCAUUUGUCGCCACCAUGAUCAGCACGUGGGGUCUCAAUGUAGUCGGAGAACAGAUUACACGUCGCCUCCAACGCAGAUAUCUAUCCUCAGUCCUGCAGCAGAACAUGGCGUACUUCGAUGUAGUCGGCACAGGAGAGCUCACGUCCAGGAUAGACCAGGAGAUGAAACUAAUCCAAACAGGUAUCUCGCAGAAGAUGGGGAACAUUAUAUCGGGAGUGUCUGGGUUCAUUGUUGCCAUCAUCUGCGCAUUUAUCCAGAACCAACACUUCGCAUCGAUAAUGAUCACGCAGCCGAUUGCCAUGAUUCUCCUAGUGGGAUUAAUGGGAUACUGGCUAAGCGUUACGCAGCAAAGGGGCUUGCCCCACUCCGUUAAACUUGAAAAUCUAGCACAAGAAGUCCUCAAUGCUAUGAGGAGUGUUAUUGCCUACCGAAGCCAAGAAAGAUAUGCGAGAAAGUAUCACGAUACGUUGCUGGAGCCGGCCGCCCUAGACUUUCGGGAGCGGUUGAUCUUCGGAGUGAUUGUGGCAGGCUCCUUUACGAUUUUGCAUUGGGCUAAUGGGCUGGGUUUCUGGCAGGCUGAUCGCCUCUUCCGCCAAGGACGUUGUACGGUUUCGGAGGCCUUGUCCAUCCUCUACGCAACAGUUGUCGCAGGAGGGAUGCUAUGUCAAGCAUUGCCGUAUGUCGUGGAUGUCACCAGGGCCAGCAAAGCUGCCAACCCGGUAUUUUCAGUUAUUGAGCGUGUUUCACCGAUUAAUCCUAUGCUGAAUACGGGACGCAUUUACGGUCCCGUGCGGGGAGAGAUCUGCUUCGACAAUGUAUCGUUUGCUUAUCCCUCACGACCGGAACAAACUGUCCUGAGAGAGCUUAGUUUUACUGUGCCUGCUGGACAUACUGUAGCAUUGAUCGGGCCAUCAGGAUCUGGUAAGUCGACCGUUUUCGCCCUUUUGGCACGUUUAUACGAUCCCACCGGUGGUGGCGUCAUGUUAGAUAAUGAACCGAUCGAGGAGAUGAAUGUCUCUUGGCUCAGGUCUCAGGUUGGAUAUGUUAGUCAGGAUCUUACUUUGUUCCGUGCAUCGAUUCAUGAGAAUAUUGCUCAUGGCCUACCCAAGAGUACCGUCAAGGCACUAGACGCAUCUGCCAUUCGAGGACUAAUAAUUCAAGCUGCCCAGACCGCGCAGAUCCACACAUUCAUUACCAAUCUUCCCAACGGUUACGAUACCGUGAUCGGUGUUAAUGGGUCAAGUCUCUCAGGUGGACAGAGGCAACGCAUCGCAAUUGCUCGCGCCAUUGUAUCCCAGCCAUCCAUCCUGCUGCUGGAUGAAGCUACUGCCGCAUUGGACAGUCAAAGCGAAAAGGAAAUUCAGGAGGCUUUGAGGAAGGCCGUCUACGGACGAACAACCAUGAUAAUAGCUCAUCGGCUAUCAACAGUUCAAGAUGCUGAUGCUAUAAUUAUCAUGAAAGACGGCCAGAUUCUAAAUCAAGGCACCCAUUCGGAGUUAAUGAUCACGUCUGGGACGUACCGCGAACUGAUCAAACAGCAGGCACUCCAGCAGAGCGAGGGAAUUCGAGAAUCAUCAUCCCCUGCAGAGAGAGCCGAAAGCCAAACGAGGGAUAUAUCAGUCGAUGUUGGUGCUCUGAAGAAACCUGUGGAUACUUCAUUUACAAACUCAUCAUCAACGAGUAGUAUUAGCCAAAUUUGGCGCUUGAACAAGCCUGAGCUGCCAUUCGUUAUUUCUGGUAUCAUUUUCAGCGCUUUAGCUGGGAUGACAUACCCUGUCCAAGCGAUCUUCUUCGGCAAUGGGAUCAUAUCAAUCAUAAGCCCUAGUGCAAGCACCGGAGGGCACAAUGUUCAAUUUUGGGCCCGAUUGUAUCUUAUUCACGGUGUUGUGGUAUUUUUUGUUUACUGUGUACGAGGCUACUGCUUUGCUGUAUCUGCGUCUCAGUUGCAUCUCCGAGCACGGUCGCAUUUGUUCAGGGCACUCCUGCAGAAAGCCCUUAUUUUUUUCGAGCAUAGAGAUCAUUCAACUGCAGCCAUGGUGAGCUUUCUCUCGUCAAGCACUCCGAAAAUCACGGGUGUCUCAGGAACAUCACUCGGAUUGAUGGCCGAAAGCAUCGUAAUGCUUGCUACCGGGAUCACAGUUGGAUGUAUCUUCGGAUGGAAGCUCGGCGUGGCGGCAAUGGCUACCGUCCCAUUGAUAGCCAUGUCCAGCUUCCUGCAAUACUAUAUCGAGGCACAAGUACAGAAGCACGUGAAGCGCGACACUAAUGCUGUGGCCAUUGCGCACGAAGCAUUUUCCGCUAUCAAAACAGUGGCAAUACUAGACCUACACAGCACCGUUCUCGAAACUUUUGAAAGAGAAAGUCAACAAGAGAGGAGUAGUUGGUACUGGGCUAUAUCUGCCACCCUGCAUGCCUGCACUACAUCGUUCCGUAUACUGAGUAUUGCUUUUGUAUUCUGGUAUGGCGGCACCCGCCUCAUCGCGACGGGCGAAUAUACUAUUCAACAAUUUUUCAUCUGUUUCGCGGCUACGGUUUGGGGAUCCCAAUCUGCCGCUACUCUCUUUGCUCACGCACCAGACAUUGCGGGGGCCCACGCUGCUGCUGCUCGAUUGACGGAAUUGAUGCAGCCCGACGAUCCCCCAGGACAAUUCCCGGAAAGGGACCAAAAGCAAGGCUUUACCUCUACCCUUAUGCCCAAUACCACGGAGGACCUCGCAGUGCAGCACAUUAACUUUAGAUACCCCACUCGUCCUUCUCAACUAGCGCUAAACGAUGUCACCUUCAGCGCCCAAUCAAGGCGCUUCAUUGCUCUCGUCGGAGCAACUGGCAGUGGGAAAAGCUCGGUUGUUAAUCUGAUAGAGCGGUUCUACGCUGCUGAGUCCGGUCAAAUAACGCUAGGGCAUAGUCCCAUUGAACAAUAUGAUCUGAGCGAUUACAGAGGGUACCUGGCGCUGGUCGACCAGAAUCCAUGCUUGGUGGGUGAAGAUCUGCGCGAGUGUUUGCAGAGUGACGAGCGAGUCGUCCCAGACGACGAAAUCAUGGUUACGUUGAAGGAUGUGGGACUAGCUGAUUUCGUGAUAUCCCUCCCUCAAGGACUGAGCACCCCGGUCAUGGCCAACGGAUCCACUCUGUCCGGGGGGCAACGUCAGCGCAUGGCAAUUGCCAAGGCACUUUUGUGGAAGCCGAAGAUCUUUUUAUUUGACGAGGCAACCUCCGCAUUGGAUAGUGCCUCGGAAGCACUAGUCCAGAAGGCACUCCAGCAGGCAAUGAAAGGCCGAACCGUCAUCGCCAUUGCUCAUCGGCUCAAGACGAUUGUGGAUGCCGAUGAGAUUUUAGUGUUGGAUCAAGGGCGCAUCAUUGAAAGGGGCUGUCAUGAAAAGCUGAUGAAGCUCGGCGGGAAAUAUUGGCAGAUGGCUAAGUUGCAGGAGUUUAAUGGAGAGGUUAGGACGUAG